CUUCUGCUCUUGUGUCCCGCAGGCACUGGCGAGAGCGGGAAGAGCACGUUCAUUAAGCAGAUGCGCAUAAUUCAUGGCUCAGGAUACUCUGAAGAGGACAAGAAAGGCUUCACCAAGCUGGUAUACCAGAACAUCUUCACUGCCAUGCAGUCUAUGAUUAGGGCCAUGGAAACCCUGAAGAUUCUCUACAAAUACGAACAGAACAAGGCCAAUGCAGUGCUGAUCCGGGAGGUGGACGUAGAAAAGGUCAUGACAUUUGAGCAACCAUAUGUAAGUGCAAUUAAGACCUUGUGGAACGACCCUGGAAUCCAAGAGUGUUAUGACAGGAGAAGAGAAUAUCAGCUUUCUGACUCUGCUAAAUACUAUCUUAGCGACGUGGAUCGCAUCGCUACCCCAGGAUAUCUACCAACUCAGCAAGACGUGCUACGGGUUAGAGUUCCUACAACCGGCAUCAUAGAGUACCCCUUUGACCUAGAGAAUAUUAUCUUCAGAAUGGUGGAUGUUGGAGGCCAGAGGUCAGAACGAAGGAAGUGGAUCCACUGCUUUGAAAAUGUGACUUCCAUCAUGUUUUUAGUAGCACUUAGUGAAUAUGACCAAGUUCUGGUGGAGUCUGACAAYGAGAACCGGAUGGAAGAGAGUAAAGCCCUCUUUCGUACCAUUAUCACUUAYCCCUGGUUCCAAAACUCUUCUGUUAUCCUCUUCCUCAACAAGAAAGAUCUUUUGGAAGACAAGAUCCUGUAUUCUCAUCUUGUUGACUAUUUCCCAGAAUUUGAUGGCCCACAGAGGGAUGCACAGGCAGCCCGGGAGUUCAUCCUCAAGAUGUUUGUGGAUUUAAAUCCAGACAGCGACAAAAUAAUCUAUUCCCACUUCACAUGUGCCACAGACACAGAAAACAUCCGUUUCGUCUUCGCGGCUGUCAAGGACACCAUCCUACAGCUCAACCUGAAGGAGUACAACCUGGUUUGACCUGCUCUGUCCUUGGCCCCUUGAGAGCCUUCAUUGUUGAAGAAAAGACAAAAAGAAAUUUUAACCAUGACAGGAAAAAAAAAAUUAAUUUUUGAUGAUGUAAUGAUUGCAAAUUGUCUGAUCUGUGGAGUGGCAAGUGCUCAGUGUUAUCCUGGAGUCUCAUGUCUCUGUCCACAGAGUAGUUGAUUUCAUAUUUUUAACAAAUUGCUUUUAUUUCACAGUUAACGGGGAUAUGCCUCAUUUCUUCAGCACCUUGUUCACUUAAUUUUUGCCAAACAGCUAAGGUGGCCUCAUCUUGAGCUUUCCUUUGUUGCUUAGCCACUUUUUUUUUUUUUUUUCUUUUUUUUUCCCAUGGCAUUCCCAUGGUAUAAAUAUAUAGAGAAAAUACCUUUCCAGCCAAGAUUGUGAAUUCACAGGACUGUGGG